AUGGCUGCUCUACAGAAUGGGUUACUUCCUUUACCUGACGUUUCGUUCUCUCAUAAGCUCAACAGCUUCCAACGCCAGACACCCAUUUUCAGAUUUCAAACCCCAGCGGCUACUUUUAAUGGGUUCAACGCCGCAACGCAAAGAUACCCAGAAGGCCAGCUUGCUUCAAUCGCCAGCAGAACCACCAACCAUUUUAUUUCAAGCUCAGAAAUUGACACUGACAUUGAUCAGUGUCUUUCGCUGCUGAAGAGUAACUGCUUGUCUGAUUGCAGACAAGUCCAUGCUCAAGCUGUGAAGAUCAACGCUUUUGAGUCUAAUAGUUUGAUUGGAAAUAAGCUGGCCAUUCUUUACUCGAAGAAGACGGGGUCUCUGGAAGUUGCCCGUAAGUUGUUCGAUGAGAUUCCUGAAAGAACUGUACCUGCUUAUGCGGCGCUGAUAGGGGCGUUUUGUAGGUCGGAGCAGUGGGAAGAUCUUUUUUCAGUGUUUGGGUUAAUGGUUGAUGAGGGGAUGCUACCAAAUAAAUACUUGGUACCCACGAUUCUCAAAGCCUGUUCCGCGAUACAAAAGUUUAGGAUUGCGAAAAUGAUUCAUGGGUAUGUGAUUAGGAAAGAAUUGGAGUGGGACGUUUUUGUUGGAAAUGCACUUAUUGACGUGUAUGCAAACUGUGCAGAUUUGAGACUAUCAAGAAGUGUUUUUGAUACGAUGAAGGAAAGAGAUGUAGUUUCGUGGACUGCCCUUAUUUCAGCUUACAUGGAUGGAGGCCACAUGGAUGAGGCAAAGGAGAUCUUUCGUUCCAUGCAGUUGAAUGGAGUGGAGCCUGAUUUGAUUUCUUGGAAUGCAGUUGUAUCAGGCUUUGCACGGAAUGGAGAGAUUGGCUUGGCCCUGUUAUCUUUGGAAGCAAUGCAAGAGAGAGGGCUCAAGCCAAGGGUUAAUUCUUGGAACGGAAUGAUCUCCGGUUGUGUUCAAAAUGGAUAUUUCAAAGAUGCUUUGGACGCAUUCAGUAAUAUGUUAUGUUUUCCGGAGGAUCCAAAUUUUGUUACAAUUGCAAGUAUCCUACCAGCUUGUGCAGACUUGAAAGAUCUGAAUUUAGGCAGGGCUAUUCAUGGAUAUGCUCUCAAAUGUGAGCUUGAUAACAACAUUCAUGUGGAAGGAUCAUUAAUUGAUAUGUAUUCCAAAUGUGGGUGGACAGAUUAUGCAGAACAAGUUUUUGUCAAGGCAGAGAAUCAAAACACUGCUAUGUGGAAUGAGAUGAUUGCAGCUUAUGUGAAUAAGGGUAAAAUGAAGAAGGCAUUAGGGCUUCUUAGAUUGAUGGAAAAUAAAGGAUUAAGACCUGAUGUGAUAACCUACAACACAUUGCUUGCUGGGAAUGCAAGAAAUGGGCAAAAGAAGGAGGCAUAUGAGUUGCUGUCUGAGAUGGUCCGGAUGGGUUUCAAGCCGGAUAUUGUAUCUUUUAAUGUUCUGAUUUCUGGUUUUCAACAAUCUGGGCUUAGUUAUGAAGCUCUUAAAUUGUUCCAGACCAUGCAAUCCAAUUACCACUUUCUUAAUCAGGCGCUCAUUCUGUCGACUCGACCAAACUCCGUCACAGUUACCGGUGCUCUUGCAGCAUGUGCUGAUCUCUAUUUCUUGCGCCAAGGGAAGGAGAUCCAUGGAUACACAUUGAGGAAUGGGUUGGAGUCUAACAUCUAUGUCUCAACUUCUUUGGUUGACAUGUACACAAAAUGCCGGAAUAUGGGUUUUGCAACUGAAGUGUUCAGGAGAAUAGAGGACAGAAACACAAUUUGUUGGAACGUUUUACUUGCAGGCAAUGUCAGCAAUGGGCAGCUGGAAGAGGCUCUUCAACUGUUUAAUGAGAUGCUGCUGGAAGGCCUCAAACCAAGCUCGAUUACAUUUUUGAUUCUUCUCUCUGCGUGUAGUGAUGCGGCAGCUCUUAGAGUAGGGAGAGAACUUCAUGGAUACAUCAUAAAGAAUCAGUUUGAAGUCCUCAAAAAUAGUAGUAUUGGAAGUGCUUUGAUUGGUAUGUAUGCCAAGUGCGGUUCAAGUUAG